GAUUGAUGACGAGUACAAGUUCAUGAAGUUUGUUUUUGUCGCAGCUAGCUAGCUCUACCAGAGUUAAAUCUUUGACAAGCCGGUACCAGUGCUAACACUGUUAUUGAAUGGCAAACUCAGCAGGAAUGUCCUUCAACUCAAAGGUUGUACUUUUUGUGGUGAUACUUGGAGCAGUCGUCCUCUUUUACAAAUACAACUCCAGUAAAGUUAAUACGGAGGAGUUGGACGAAGAGCUACUGAUUAAAGAUUUGCAAAAAGCAUCACUUGGAGUACUUGGAAUGUCUAACUGGGAUGAAAUCAAGAAGGUUGCUGUCGCAAAUCUGGCGCUGCGAGUAACCGAUGGCAAGGUUGACCUCGGCGGUAAAGGCUUGGUGUUCAGACGAGAGGUCGUUGACAGCACCCAGAAGAAGACCAAAGGGUCCAUCGUCUUUCUUCAUGGGAUGAAGUUCAAGUCUCAAACAUGGCUUGAUCUCGGGACGCUUCACGUCAUUGCAUCCUAUGGGUACAGGACAAUAGCUGUGGAUCUUCCAGGUUUUGGGGAAACAGCAGCCAUUUCGGGUUUAAACCCAGUGGACUUCCUGACAGAAUUUCUGAAGAGCAUGAAAAUUGAGGAUCCAGGGAAUGUCUUGAUCGUCAGUCCUUCCAUGAGUGGCUCGUUCUCCCUCCCCUUCCUCAUGGCACACCCGGACAGGUUCAAGGGAUUCGUUCCAGUGGCUCCGGUUGAUACACAGAAAUAUAAUGCCGCAGCUUAUCAACAGCUCAAGGUACCAACCAUGAUCGUUUAUGGCUCCAAAGAUACAACACUCGGAGUGCAAUCAUUGGGAAAUCUGCGCAACAUCCCCGGCUCUGGGAUUGUUAAGAUAGAGGAGGCCGGGCAUGCCUGCUACUUGGAUCAACCUCUCGUUUUCCACAAGCAUCUUAAAGACUUCGCUGAUAAGGUCUACUCACAGUAAAGGUUGUAUCAUCAUGGAGGUAGAAAUGGUAUCAUAGUCUUGGGUGUGAUUCUUGGGUGUGAUCCCUGGCUACACAGCAGGUACUGGUUGAAUGGCUUCUGACUGGUACCCUCCAACAAAGUUAUUUACAAAAUAAACCAACAAUAUUAGGGCUAGAUACUUGCAGCUGCAUUGGUUGGUACAUGUAGAUCAAGUGUUAAUGGCUAGAUACUUGCAGCUGCAUUGGUUGGUACAUGUAGAUCAAGUGUUAAUCAGGAGGUCUUAGGUUCAACCCCCAACCAAGUAAAAUUGUCUUUUUUUUACCCAAAGUUGUUUGAAGUCCUGUUAAGCUUUCAAACACUAAUGGACCCAAAACCGAAGCCUUGGUUUAGGCAAGGGCCUGUUUUGUAACUGAUGAUAAUUUAAAGCGUAAACAAAAUAUGAAACACUUUUGUGUUUUGGGAAUUUUUAAGACAUAAAUAGCAAUUUUUUAUUUGAUCAGUUAUUUGGCCAGAUUAGUGGCUCUUUUAGUUUACCUGUCUAUUUGAAGGAGCUUUAUUUAACCAUAGUUUGCACCUAUCGGGAAGACUAACUUAAUUCAUUAGCAUCCCCUUGUUUACAACAGUUUCACUCACAUUUUCUAGCGAAGUCCUUGCAGUUGAUGUAAAUAAAGUGUUUUUUACCCUGUGUCAUGUAACUUCUACAUAUCUUUGUGCUUUAAAAAAGCAUAAAACAAAACCUAUAAUUUUUACCUAUGUGAUACUACUAACACUGCAUGUACUGCCAUUUGCUUUGAAGCUAAACUCACAAGUUUCAACCUCAAAAAAUGAUAAUUGUAUACUAAAUUGUUUGCGUUAAAAAUAAUGUGUACUGGUGUACCUGUGCUUUUGUAACCAUUAUUUUGAUGUUUUUUUUAUGUAACUUUAUGUUUCAUACAGAAAUAUUGUGUUAAUUGAUGUAAUAACUGCAUCUGGGAUAAAAGGAAUAUAAUUUUGGUGUUACUAUACAACUUUUUUUUUUCUUCUACUCUCACAUAGGUGUGGAGUUAGACUUGUCCAAGUCUGUGAUCGAAGUUUUAUUUUCUGCCUGAUUGCCAAUAGUAAUAUUGCCUAAAAUAGUGCCCUCUUGUGGAUUAAUCUGCAACAUUAACCUUUACAUCAAGUGUUAGCACGUGCCACAACCAUCUGCAGGGGCGAUUUGCAUGGCUGAUGCAGAGAGAUAACCGCAAUCUCAGUCUCGAAAUCAAGUCUAAUGUUUGUAAGGACUGUAUACUCAGUGUGUUUUUGUAUGGAACAAUUGUAUUAACAUCGCGGGCUAAUUGAGUGGGAUUCAAACCCACAAGCCAUGUCAUUGUAGACUGAAUGUUUCAACAGCACAUCCCAGUGGGUGUGCCCUGUGGCGAGGAGAGGCCAUUUUAAAUCUUGGUUGCAAAAACUUGGGCGUUCAAAUUGACACCAUGGAAGGUGUCACAUACAGAUUCCCCCCCCCCCCACUUACAAUGUCAUUGGUGUUAUUUUAACACCCAACACCCUAUGCUGUUCAUUUGGAUUCUCUCUUCAGUGUAUGUGACAACACCAUGGUGUCAAUUUUAACACCCAAGUUAUUGCAGUAUCCAUAAAAUCAAAAUAACACUUCUGCUCUGCAUGUAGUUGAUAAAAUGUAUAUGUAUAUUUGGUUUGUGUUUAUGCAAGUUGUAGAGAAUUUGUCUAUUCAAUCAGGAUUCAUGUAUAAAUUGUUCCAUAUCUUUAUAUUUUUUAGAUGUGUAGGAACUUUGCGUUUUAUUUCUCUUGAAGGGAUUUAUAUAUAAAUUAAAUCCAUCUAACUGGUUGAUUUCUUCAAAA